UUCAGGUGGGCAGAACAGUUGCGCUCGACAAUAAAAAGCGGUACAAUCCUGCACUUUGCGGUAUCUUCGUAUUGGUAUUGUUAACACAGGAAGGAGGAUGACAGCUUCAGAUGUUUAUAUGAACCUCUGAAUUGCUGAAGGCUGUAAAUUGAAGAUCAUCAAUACGUGCAAUUAUAAUGUCAGCUAUAAUCAGUAUGGCGGCACUUUAAAACGCCUACCCUUUCAGUGACCAGCGUACAGAACUGUAAGUUAAAGAACAGUACGCUCACAAAUUGUAGUGCCAAGAACACAUGACACCCACUCAGAAAACGAACUCCUGCAAAUUUUCCACAUGAAUGAACUCGAAAACGGCCAACAACAACAAAACAUGCCUGGCCACAAAACAUCUGAAAAAUCAAUCCACUUCAUCUACUCUCACCUUGCCCUCUAAUGAGAGCCGUCAUAUGCUGCCAUGACUCAACCCAAUGUCACAGCUCCCUCUGCUAAUAUCUCUGGAGGAUCUGGAGGAGAGUCGGGUAAUCUGUACCGUCCGUUUUCUGUCUUCAGCGUCCUCACACUCACUUUGCUGGCCAUGCUAGUGGUGGCUACCUUUGUAUGGAACCUGCUAGUUUUGGUGACCAUCCUGAGGGUUCGCACCUUCCACCGUGUUCCUCACAAUCUGGUCGCCUCCAUGGCCAUCUCAGAUGUGAUGGUGGCAGGACUGGUGAUGCCCCUCAGUCUGGUGAGAGAACUCUAUGGACGGCGCUGGAUUCUGGGUCGGGCUUUGUGUCAGGUCUGGAUCUCCUGUGAUGUGCUCUGCUGCACGGCUAGCAUCUGGAACGUGACGGCCAUUGCCCUCGAUCGCUACUGGUCCAUCACACGCCACCUGGAGUACACGUUAAAGACACGAAAGAGAAUCUCAAAUGUAAUGAUCGGCCUGACGUGGCUACUGUCCUCAGUGAUCUCGCUUUCUCCACUCUUUGGUUGGGGUGAGACCUACUCUGAAGAUAGUUUGACUUGUCAAGUAAGCCAGGAGCCUUCCUACACAGUCUUCUCCACCUUUGGGGCCUUUUAUCUGCCCCUCUGUGUGGUGCUCUUCGUCUACUGGAAGAUCUACAAGGCUGCCAAAUUCCGCAUCGGCUCUCGCAAGACCAACACCAUCACACCAAUGGCUGAGGUCAUAGAGGUUAAGGAGGCUGAACGGCAGCCACAGAUGGCCUUCACGGUUCGUCACGCUACUGUAUCGUUCCAGACGGAUGGAGAGACGUGGCGAGAGCAGAAAGAGAGGAGAGCGGCUCUGAUGGUGGGAAUCCUGAUUGGCGUAUUUGUGCUCUGCUGGAUUCCCUUUUUCCUUGCUGAGCUCAUCAUCCCGCUCUGUUCCUGCGACAUCCCUCCUGUCUGGAAAAGUGUCUUCCUUUGGCUGGGUUACUCAAACUCCUUCUUCAACCCACUCAUCUACACUGCCUUCAACAAGAACUACAACAAUGCAUUCAGAAACCUGUUUUCCAGACAGCGGUGAGGAAUGGAAAUAGAAAAGAAUGGAGUGAAAAGCUUCAAUGGAGUGAACGUCAACAGAAGCUUCUGUUCAGACAAGGCCAUGAGGAUGAAGACCGGUUGCCAGCAAACAUCAAGAAACUGCAGGCUUCUUGUCGUCACAGGCUGGUGAGAAAAUCUCUGCUGAUGUCUACAUGCUUUGAAAGAGGUCACCAUCUGUUAAACAGCAGUGCUGAGAUAAUGCAAAUGUCCUUUUUCUCAAAAGCGAAACACCAAACUGCAUGUAGCACAUCUCGGAGAAAGAACUUUUCAGAAAGAAACCAUAGCUGAUUUGGUGAUUUGACCAGUGUGAAUCAUCAAAGCCAUUUUCUUCUAAUAGCCAAUGAAGACGGAGCAGCCAUGUGUACGUUUGGAGAAAAUCUGGCCUAAUUCACAUCCUUUCACUUCUUUGAAAAUGGCUAAAGAGUGAUUUAUAUUUCCAUCACAUUUCCUUUUAUUAAGACGACAUUUAAUGGGCUAAAGAUGAGACGUAAUUUCAGGUAGAGAUGGAACAGACUUAAGUGGAUGCAAGCAGAGACCAGAUGGAAAUUGUGAACAAAACAGUUAUUAUAAAUGACCUCAUACAUGCCUUUGUUUGCAGGCAGCACAACUCCAGCAUUUAUGUACAUUAACAUGGAUUCAGUUUAUUUGUAAGCUACCCGUGUAGCAAAGAAGAUGCAAAUUACAUGGCGUGAAAUGUAAACAAACCUGCAGUUCUUUUGGGAUGGAAUAAAAAU